AUGCCCAAGAGGAACCCAGGAAGGAUGUAUCAUAAAGAGGACAAGUGUCUUGUCGUUCUCAUGGGAUCUCAAGUUACACUGUCAAGCACAUGUCCAAAUGAACAAGGGGCUCACCGUUCCACAUUGGGGGGUCCACCUUCUAAUGACGUAGCUGGUGAUGUCUCCUCCAAAUCACCUGGUGUCUGGGUGAGCCCAGGAAUCGUUGCACACUCAGGAUGUUUUGUGGGGGUUAUGGGUUUGAAGAGUGAGAAGAAGAUUGAGAAAGUGAAAGGAAAUAGCUGCAGUGACUAGUCUCUGUGGAAAGUCUUCCUGGCCUGUCUCUUAGCCUGUGUCAUAACAACAACAAUUGGAGUGCUCAUAAUAUGCCUGGUGAAUAAUCGAGGAAAUAAUUUCUCCAUUGUUAUCCGGUUACCCACAAACAAUGGAGAGGCUGUAGUUAGGGGACUUGGAACAACCUGUCCUACUUCCCAGUCUACCCUGGCCACCACUUCAAUUGAACCUUCAGUCACCACCACGUCAACAGGAUCUGCAACCACAAUGGUCACAACCAAUCCUUCAACUCAGCCUGAAGCUAUAGCAACCACAACUGCAAGGACAACCACAGGUGCCACCGCUGCCCCAGAAUCUACAGCUACUGUAGCUCCUCCUCUACUUCUAAUUUAA